AUGGAGUAUCUCAAUAGCAGGGGGUCCUUGCACGAUGACUUGUUACUGCCGUACUUUCCCUCUCGCCACGGCCCUCAGCACCACCACCGGUACGUCAGAGACUGCCAGCCCGUCAAGCACGGCAAUCUAACGUACGAGUCCUGGCCCAGCGACAAGAGGACGGACGUUCCCGUGGCCGCUACAAGAACGUUUGUUUCUUACGUCCCACCUGCGGGUGAGAAUCGCAAAGUGGUCUACGGCCACUUCACUUUUGCAAGAAACCCCCUCAGAACUUUCUCUGUGUUAGAGCCCGGCGGCACCGGAGGCUGCCAAGCUCACCGCAGAGUCCCCGUGGAAGAGACGGCAAAGCUUGGGAAGUGUCUGGUGGCCCAAAACGGCGGGUACUUUGACAUGGGAACGGGGGAGUGUCUUGGGAACGUUGUGAGUGAUGGAAGGCUGGUGAGAAACGCCAGAGGCCUGCAAAAUGCUCAGUUCGGCAUCCGGAAGGAUGGCACCAUGGUGUUCGGGUAAGAACUUAAGGAAGACGUCUUGGAUCAAGCGAACCCUUUUGUGCAGCUUGUGAGUGGGGUAGUUUGGCUCUUGAGAGACAGGGAAGUGUACAUCAAUCAGAGUCGAAUGGCUGAGUGUGAUGAAACUCAAACCACAGGAACCUUUGACAAGUUCAUUAAUGUGAUAUCAGCCAGGACUGCAGUUGGGCAUGACAGCCAGGGGCAGCUGGUGUUGGUUCACGUGGAUGGACAGACAGAAUCCAGAGGGCUUAACCUCUGGGAAAUGGCUGACUUUCUGAGGCAGCAAGGAAUCAUCAAUGCUAUCAAUCUGGAUGGUGGAGGCUCUGCAACACUGGUCUUAAAUGGGACCCUUGCAAGCUAUCCAUCAGAGCACUGCUCCUUUGACAACAUGUGGCGUUGCCCUCGGAGCAUCUCAACAAUUAUGUGCAUCCAUGAGCCAGCCUGCGAGCCUGCAGACUGCAGCGGUCACGGGGACUGCAUGCAAGGGAGGUGCCACUGUACUGGGGACUUCUGGAGAGGCCCUGCCUGUGACAUCUUGGACUGCGGCCCUUCCAACUGCAGCCUGCAUGGCAUCUGCACUGACUCUGGAUGCCUGUGUGAUGCUGGCUGGACUGGCAGCAACUGCAGUGAAGCUUGUGCUAGUGGUUUCUAUGGGGAUGCUUGCACCCAAAAAUGCCAGUGCCAGAACGGUGGCCUGUGUGACCCUGUGCAUGGCACCUGCUCCUGCCCAGCUGGAUACUAUGGAACCAGCUGUGAGCAAGCAUGCCCCAUGGGCUGGUAUGGGCCAAACUGCCAGAAACUAUGUGCAUGUGAACACAUGUGUCCCUGUGACCGAGAGACAGGCAGCUGUAACAUCACCUAUGAAGUGGCAAUACAAGAGCAGCUAAACAAAGCUGGGCGAUGUCUGGCUUCCCAGAGCAAAGACAAUUUCUCUCUGUCAGAAAGAACCUGGACCUCCAUAACCUCCAUCUUGGCUCUGCUUCUUGCAAUUAGCGCUCUGGGAAACAUAGGCCUUUUUCUCAAAGCAAGGUCAGAGAGGCAACAUGAAAGUGGGAACUACCUCUACCACCCCCUGAGGGAGAUGAACGGAGAAGCCAGUCAUACCUCUGCCUGUGAGACAGAAGAUGCUCAGGACCAAAGUCAGGCACUCCUUUAAGGUCAUGGCUGGAAAGAAACAGAAGCCUGUGUGCUCCACUCAGCUGUAUGACCUGCCACUGAGGGCCCAGAACCCAUGCUGUCCCCCACCUGGAGAAUGGGAGAGCGCGGCAGCCCAGCGUGGCCAGCACGACACAGCUGAACAGUGGGCCUGGACUCAGUCACAUCCCAGUCGGAUCAUCAAGUGCUUUACCACCACUGGGCCGUCCUCAGCCAACGGCACAGUCUGCACAGCAAGAGCAACUGCCACUGUAAGAACUGCCCCUACCUCCUCAGAGGGGAAGGCUGCCAUUAGCAAGCGGGGACAGUAAGUAUUUCAAGCAACCCAAGGUACAGAACAUCUCAGCUGGGAAUCAGCCAUUUUGCUAGAAUACAUCCUUGCACGAUACAUUCAAAAAAAUACGUAUUAAAGUUGGCUUCCUUGUGAAGGAAACUAGCCUUUAAUAUGCUACUUUAGUGCUGCAAAUUAGGUUUCUAAAGCCUAUCUGAGCCUGAAUAUUAAAGUGUUGUAUGCACUCUAUUUUUAUCUCUUCAAAGAUUAUGUAAUUUUUGUGCUGCAGUUGGCAUCAAAUCAACCUGUACACUGAAGAUUCUAUUUUUUUAUUAUUUACAGAAGAUUUGAAACUUGAAUAAACUCAAUUAGUGUUAACUGCCUGAAAACUGAAUUCUUCAUAAAUAUUAAAGUCGGGCAGAAUGAAAUAAUCCUUUCCCAGUUAAGUCCAGUUGGCAAUUUGAACCCACCAAUCCCUCUCAUUUUAAAUAACUAGCUGUACUGCAGGAUGAUGUGUACCAGCCUGCUUGGUGUAAAAAACAAACAAAGAAUGCUGGCUCUACAGGAAAACAACAAUUAAAGUCCUCCUUGUCUUUUAAAGGUAGAAAUAACUGGAUACAAACAAGACCUACCUCAGUUCCCAUGGGUACUUAAAUGGACCAGCACAAAUGCUUUAGCUUUUCAAAAUUCACCACAAAUUUGAACAAUUCAGUUGCAUCAAACAAUUGCACAUGUUCUUUAGAGAUGCUUUUUUAUUUCCAACAUACAGAAAUGUACAGCUCCUACCAGAACCUACAAAUACUGUAACUAAGUACAUAUUUAGCAUCAGAUUUGUUGUCAGGUAACACGUUACAAAGCACUUUGCGUUUUGCUAGUGUGCUCUUAAAGGAGGGGUUUUUUUUUGGCUGAGGAAAAAAAAUCAGGACCUUGAUAUAUAAAAAUAAAGACAGCUGCAGAGUAGAGAAAUACAGUGCUUGCUAAAAAUGUAAUGCCCGUUUAAUUUAUAUGUACUAAUAGCUUGGGAGUGGAUGUUAAUGUCAUAAAAGCCAAUGCAUGUCAUGAUACCAAUUUAGCCUUCCAAAAGAUAAAUAAUUAGGAAGAGGAAUCAUCACAAACAUGCACUGGAAGCUAACAGCAUGCAGGAAUCUUUGACAAAUGCCCGUCAAUUUCAGUCCUUAGAGUCUAAUAGCACAGUUUUUAGCUCACAGUAUAAACAUUCUGAAUGCUAAAGAAGCAUGAGCUAGUAAAAUGCAUUUUGAAAGGGAUUCCUCUGACCCUAGUGUGGCUGGAGUUAGCUCCUGUGUCAAUACGUAACAGCUUAACACCUGAGUUGAGUAGACAGGCUCACUUCCCAAGGAGAAUUGCAACAAAUGUUACAGAUCUGAAGUGACUGGAUUAUGGUAUUAAGAUCUUUUGAUGAAUAAACCAAGCAAGUCUUCAAAAAAUAAUUCAGACCCUCUCUUAACACUCAAAGCCAGAACUAGAGGGUUGUACCAUUUAUUAUGCAGAGCUGACCAAUGAAUGCAAAACUCCACAGUAUUUCAGCUAUUUAAUUAAAACAUGGUUUAUAAAUUCUUACUAAAAGAUGUUUUUUCCUAAGACUGUUACCCAAAGGGAAUUAAUACAAUUAAACUGGCCAAGGUAAGACACACAAGCCUGAAAUGAGCAAGGCAGUGUCUGCAACUAUGCAGUAAAUGCAUCUGUGCAGCCGAAGCGACUGCAGUAGCUUAGAGCAUUCUCAUGUAAUGAAAACUGCAACCAGGAUUACUCUUCCCCCACAACAGCGAUUACACUGGAAGCCUGAAACAAGGACAUGUACUCUUAAGUGUCUCCCUGCUGACAGUGCAGAAGCGCUUUAGAGUGCGGCUUUUCAACUUAACCCUUGGCACACAGAGUGGUAAAGAAACCAGCAGUGUUCCUUCUGCAUCUUUCUGAACUAGUCUCCCUCAGACCUUCUACAAGGCUAAGCUGUUCUGUCUUAAACCAUUUUUUAAAAAGCCCUUUCAAACCUGAAGAAACACCAACAUGUUUAGCCAAAAUUAUUCAGUCACAGUGUUCCCAGCUUUGCCCCGAACAACAGCAGUCUAGUCUGGCAUGCUUUUCCAUGGCGUAUCCCAUUUUUGAAGUGCUCUGUGUUGCUCUUUCCCAGUCCUAGUGUUGCAGAAGCUAGUAAAUGGUGGGGUGGGGCACACCUGUAGAAAUUGCUAGGAAUAAAGGUUUCAAAUAUGGCCUUAUUUAAUUGUAAACAAUGGCAUAACACUUUGUACCUACAACGGUUUCUUUUCUCUUGAGCUCUCAUAUCACCUAAGAAACAUUAAACAUGGCAAAAGCUCUUUGAGGUAGGUGUUACAUUUUUACAUAUGGAAUAUCCCAAACAGGGAAAAGCCCUAAUUUACUAAGUAGCUAAUUUUUAAGUAUCCAGCUGAUACCUGAACACAGCCAGAGCUUACUGACCUUAUCUGAAAUAACAGAUGCUGGGAUACUUCUUAGAAGCAGGGAGGGCCUCGUUGCAUUGCUAACUCAGCACCCAAAGCUGAGUUUGUUCUUGAAGGUGCUGGCUUAUGAGAUUUACAGGAAAUCACUGUGAACAGAGUCAGUAGAAUCCAGAAAUACUUCCAGUCUUACUCUCAACUCACUGGAGGUUGCUAUGAAGAAAAUAAUGUGUCUUAUUUUCUAAAGCACUCUAAUACAAUUUUGGGGGGAGAAGGGAAGAAGCAAUUCUGCUUUUCUUACAUCUGCAGUUCAACAAAGCCAGGUUUAAAAAGCACAGUACAGCAGCAGCCAUAACAUCCAGGCUGUUACUCCCUUUCUCCUGUUAUGUUAGCAUUCAGAAAAAAAACACAUUAGGGGAAAAAAAUCCAUAUUAAAUUAUUUAAAUUGGUAAAUUAAUCUAAGCAAUUUUGCCUAAAAUUGACUAGGGAGAGAUCACAUGAAUUGCUCCGCAGAUUCAAGCGGCGGUCUCUUGUGGGGCAGAAGAGUGAUAGUUAUCAUUCAUCAGCACAGCUAGGUACAGGAAGAAAACUUGUUCUUAGCCCCAAAGAACAAGAGGGGAAAGCCUACCAUUGUCAGCUUACUUGCAACCUCAACCAUUCUGUAAUUCUGUUAUAUCCCAAGAGUCACCAAGAUGGAGCUGUGCAUAGGACCAAGCCCUUCACCUCUCUUUUUCCUUGGCUAAUUCAGAAACAAGGGGGAGUGUAACAAGUUCCAGAUACCUCGCUGACAGAGUUAAACACUCAAAACUUUUACUAGUGGGAAGAAUGUGGCACAUGUCACAUUUUUAAAUUAAAAAAAAAAAAAAAUCCAAUUAAAUGGAAAAGUUACUUAACCAGAGUAAAUCGAGGACAAAACAGAAAACAGGAAAAUUACUGCCAUGAAAUACUCAAACUAAGAAACAAGCCACAAAAAGCUGAAACGCUGGAACAGAGCACAGAGGAGGGCCUGGUUUUGCUGUUGGAGGUGUUGGAAAUCACUUUCAAACCGAAUAUUUCUAGCAAUAGAGUUAAUUAUGGCUAAAGGCAUAAACAUGCAUAUUAAUUCCAGAGCAACUCUUGACCUUUAAUGGCAAAGGUAAUAGUUUUCUUUUUCCUCGUGUCAAGACUCCAAUUAUGCUGAAAUAACAGAGACAGAAGUUUCAUUCAUCGGAGAGAGAAGGUACAAACGAAAGGACGUUUGUACAAAGGAAGGUACUCAUGAAAGGACUGGGGAAUUCCCUGAAAUCAUAACUUUCCAGGGGGUUUGUAUAACUAAGUUAACUGUUCAGCUUUCACAAUGAAAGAUGCAAGCUAGGAGAUUAGCUUUCUUGGCUCUGUUU